AUGGGCGGUGGCGGAGGGACCGGAAGAGCUCUCCUCUCCCUCUCUUUCUCUUCGAGCAUAAUAUCUCGCUCGAUAUUCUCUGCCGCCAGAGUUCCAUCUGCUCGCAGGAGUUCUCUAGGGUUUAGAGGAGUCGUCUGCGUUUCCACCGCCACCACCGUUACCGAUCCUCAGCCGGCGGCUCUACCUCCUCGCCAUUCCAUUCUCUUGGAGAGGCUUAGGACUAGGCACCUCAAGGAUGCUGCGAAUAAUCCACCGAGCAGGAAAGCUCCUCCCUCUUCUCUCCGCAAUUCUGCCGAAGCAGUUGAGGUGAAGAAAAGUAGCAGAGAGAAAAUUAACGUCGUUUCGAGCUUUUCGGAAUUAGGUCUGAAUGACGAGUUGAUGGGGGCACUUGGAGAGAUGGGAAUAUCAGUUCCCACGGAGAUCCAGUGUGUUGGUGUCCCGGCUGUUCUGGAGGGGAAGAGUGUCGUCCUGGGUUCUCACACUGGAUCGGGGAAAACCCUCACGUAUAUGCUUCCUCUGGUUCAGGUGGCUAUUUUUUUAGUUGAGUUUUAUGUUAUUCGCAAACAUCAUUCUUUGCGGCACGUAUCUUCGUUGAUAAUUUCUCUUUCGUCGACAAAAGGUUAUUUUUCCCCAUUCUGCAUUACGGCUACACCACCCUAUUGAGUGGAACGCGUUAGAUGGUUUACGCUCGUUUGUUCUUUCACGGAAAAUCGUAAAUGAUCUUCAAAAAAUGAAAAAUAAUUAUAUUUUUUCCCAUGGCAAAUGAAACAGCAGUUUGGUGCAGAAAGAUUAUUUUAUUUCAGUCGUUUAGAUAAAAAACACUGACUGCUUGUUUGAAUGCGUGGACAGCAUCUAUGCAAGAACUAUGAGAUUUUUGAAUACGGGGUUAUCAAUGUCUGCUCAUGAGUAACAUCACUGGCCUAGCCUCACACUGUUAAAAUCGUAAAUUAUUUUCCCAAAAUUUUAUUCCUUUUAGCUUUACAUUUGGCUAGGGACGAGUUCGUACGUUCAUGCCAGAGAUAUUUCUGGAGAAGCUCUCGCGGUCAUUUGAUUUAUUUUACCUGUAAUAUUUGAGAAUUAUAAUGAUUUAUAACUAUGGUUUUUAACAUUAAGGUAUAUGCACGAUCUGCUUCUGCUGAAUUUUUUUUUGCGUUAGGGUAUAGUGUCAGUGAUAUUAUUCCUACAAUGUCUUGGUGAUUACAAAAAUUCUCCGCUACUUUAUCUUCUGCAAGGUAUUAAAUUAUUGAAAUGCUAAAUACAUGUAAUUAAAAGAUAGAUGAAGUUUGAAACUAGGUAUAGAGAACUUCUAUGUUCUUUUCUCUCGUUGAAAACCUCUAAAUAGAUCUUUACAACCAUGAAAUUUGUUCACAUACAGCUAAUUAGGCGUGAUGAAGAGAUGUCUGGUAUGCUGAUGAAGGCUAGGCGUCCUCGAGCUGUUGUGCUGUGUCCAACAAGGGAACUCUCUGAGCAGGUUAUUGUUUCAUCUCUAAUGUAUUCAUUAUAAAGCGGUCAUUAUUGCUUGAGUUUCUUACUUUAUAAGUGAAACAUGGGAUUUCUUUCUAGGUAUUCCGUGUUGCCAAAUCUAUAAGCCAUCAUGCCCGGUUUCGUUCUACCAUGAUAAGUGGAGGUGGCCGCCUAAGACCUCAAGAGGAUUCCUUGAACAUUCCUCUUGAUAUGAUUGUUGGUACACCUGGGAGGAUUCUUCAGCAUAUCAAAGAUGGAAACAUUGUUUAUGGCGAUAUCAAGUACCUGGUAUUUUUCAAACUGUCCGAAUGCCAGUCAGUAGACUACUCUCUCUCUCUCUCUCUCUCUCUCUCUCUCUCUCUCUCGCAAGGCUGCCAACUUAGUUAUGAGAUUCUCUUUUUCAGGUCCUGGAUGAGGCGGACACAAUGUUUGAUCAUGGCUUUGGUCCUGACAUUCGGAAGUUUCUUGCCCCACUGAAGAACCGAUCAUUAAAACCUGGUGAUCAAGGAUUUCAAACUAUCUUGGUUGCUGCAACCAUGACAAAGGUUAAUUUUGUUCACGCUUACCUCAGGCGUAUUUUACCCCUAGGGUAGUUAAAAGUCUGAUGUUUCAUGCGUUUUUCUUUUUUUGCAUCAGGUAGUUGGCGAUUCUGAAAGCUUGCUAGAUUAAUGUGUUAUUAAUAUAAACAUUUUUUGUUUAAUUCACUUAUGACUUUGUUGUGAAUCUAUUAUUCCAUCUGUCUUCGUGAGGAUUGUCAUUGGUGCAUACAGUUCAGUCGCAUUCUUUAAGUUAACUAUUGAUUUUGAAUUGGAGGAAGCUAUUAUUCUUUGGCUGUGAAUACGUCAUCUUAAGAUACGCAUGAUAGUGCUAUAGUUAUGGCUAUGAGAAUGGCAUUGGUCUUUGGCGUUGUCGUUUUUGGUAUGAGAUGAAUUAUUCAAGUUUAAUUAUAAUUGUGUUGUAAUACUAGCCAAUAUUCCCUUCAAUUGUUGCAAUUUAUAUCGGUACGGACUGACAAUGUGGGUUUCUGACCCUUUUUGAGGGUAUUACAGGCUGUGCAAACAUUGAUUGAUGAGGAAUUUCAAGGAAUUGUUCAUUUACGCACAUCAACGUUCAACAAGAAAGUUGCAUCUGCUCGCCAUGAUUUUAUAAAACUUUCGGGUUCUGAAAACAAGCUGGAGGCGCUUUUACAGGUCAGUAUGAUGUUCAGUUGGAAUCUAAGUGCCAAUAAUCUGUUAGCUCAUUUCCUCCUUUUGUGUGUCUUGCUCCAUCUAGUUAUCUUAAAGGAUUUACAGGGUCCUAUAUUUCGUCUUUUUUGGAAUAACUUGGUUCAGUAUGAUUGAUUAGGGAUACCACUGUGCCUACUGGUGACUAAUGGAAAAAUGGUUUCGGAUUAUAUUCCAUUCUAUACGAUAUUAAUUCAAGAUAAUGUUAUGUUUAUGUUCAUAACAAUUAAUUUGAUCACUUACAAUUUUUUAUUUAUUUCGGUUGAGCACCUCCUUGCCAUGGGAGAAAACCUACGGACAAAACAUAAAUCAUGGCUCACACGAUAUAAUUUCAUCAGGUUCUUGAACCGAGUUUAGCGAAGGGAAACAGGGUCAUGGUCUUCUGCAAUACUCUGAAUUCUAGUCGUGCGGUUGAUCAUUUUCUUGGUGAAAAUCAAAUUUUCACGGUUAAUUACCAUGGAGAGGUGCCGGCAGAACAAAGGUGAAGUGAUUUGCUUACUCCGCUGUUAUCUUUUUGAUUUUUUUUUCAGAUCAAUGAAAACGGAGAAACACACAAUCGUGAAUUAUUCACUGUAUAGAAGGAAAUGUGCAGUGAGGAAUUCAAUGUAGAACUCUGCAUAGAAUUUGUUGACUAUUUCCAAAUCUGCGAAAUGAUUUUUUAAGUAGUAAUAAUUAUGUAAAAUGAGAUUAUAAACAUGUUCUUUAUGCAUGCCCCUUUCUUCUCCAGUAUAUGGCAUGAUGCAGUGUACUUCAUUUUCCAAUCUUUACCCCAUAAACACAUCCAAAGAUUCGAGCUUACUUUUCUCAAUGCUAGUUGUUAUUUUUUAUGGCAGGAUUGAAAACCUCAAAAAAUUCAAGAAUGAAGAAGGGGAUUGCCCUACUCUGGUUUGCACAGACUUGGCUGCGCGAGGGCUCGACUUGGAUGUUGACCAUGUCAUCAUGUUUGACUUCCCGAAAAAUUCGGUAUGGGUUUCAUUGAUGUCGAUUACACUUCCUCCUCUUUAUUAAAGACGAGAGCUUAUUUUCUUUGGUUAAUGUAUUUCAGAUUGAUUACCUCCAUCGCACUGGUAGAACUGCCCGAAUGGGUGCGAAAGGUGCGGUGCUGGUUCUUGCUGGUUAUCAUAUUUAACAUAUCUUAUUUCUUCCAGUUCUUGAGACCCUCUCAACUCGGUCAACGUGUGCUACUUGCAAUUUGCGUUGCAGUCGGUCACCGGUAGAUUUUAUUAUAUGUCAUGAUGUUAAUGGCUCGUCGAUCUCUCAGACUCUUAUGAAUUGUUGAAGGGUUUUUUUCAUGAUCAAAUAGAACGAUCUUAUGUUGCUGUGCAAUCGUAGUGUUUUCAGACAACCAUCCACCGUUCUAAUGGCUUAUCUCUGCCUCUCAUAAUUCAGACAUUGUUCUGAGAUUUUUGAUGAAUGGGAGCAAUGUUCUUGCAGGCCAGGUGACCAGUCUUGUGGCCAAGAAGGAUCUGAUUCUGGCCAGCAGGAUUGAAGACGCCAUCAUGAAGAACGAGAGCUUGGAAACACUGAACGCAGAGAGCGUCAGAAGGGAUGCCGCUGCGCUGCGCCAGAGCGAUCCCAAGCCCACGAGAACCGUAGAGAUCAAGAAAACCGGAGCGAUCUCGGCCAAAGCCCGUCUCGGAAGGAAGCCGUCGUCUCCGGUCUCAGGACACAGAAAGCCGGCGACCAGAAACGGGAGAUCGCCGGCGGCCAAAACCGGGAGAUCUCCGGCAGCCGGCAAGUCGGGCAAGCCGGCGGCCUCUGAUCGGACCCCUAGGAGAGAGCCGCCGAGCUGGAAGAAGCCGUCGGCGGCGGCCAAACGGAAGCCCGUUGCCGUAAAGGCCUCCGGCGCCGGCCGGCCGAGGGGGGAGUCUCCAGGUGGGAAGAAGCAAGCGGAAACUACCAAGAGGAAACCCUUUGCACCCAGGCCGGCAGGGUCGAAGCUAAGCGUUGUCGGGUUCCGGAGAAGCAGCGCCCUCGACAAGGAGCGCCCCGGGACCAGUUGA